AAACAAGGGGGUGAAAAACAAAAGCAAAAAAACAAAUACCUCCCUUCUCAAACAAACACACAGAUAAAACAAGGUAAAGGUCGUUCCAGUACAGACAACUGCUCGAGUUUAUCAAAUUACUUCUCAGCAAAAAUUUACAAAAUAACAUCUCGAGGGUAGAAUCGAAGAGCAUUAGUUUAAAAGGCCUCUGGAGUAAUAAUCUGGUUCCGAUGAUACAUCAUGAUCUUCCUCUCCACUGCAGAAGAAAAGGACUGAUGAAGAGCCACCUUGAUCCAUUUCUUUUCCCAGCCGUAGCCUCCACUCCCUUGAACUAAAAUGGAUUGACUUCCUAUCUUCCUUAUCCAAAACUCCAGGGCCAUAUACCACACAAAUAAAAGGAACCGGUUGCAAUAUGAUAAACAGAAGAUAGCUGAUAGCAACAUGAUAACAACAUGGUAACAAAACAAUAGCAGCAUGAAGACCAAAGUGGCUUAAAAGAAAAACAAGCAUCCUGAAGAAUGAGGCAGCUCUUACAGUCCAUGAGCACACCACCCCAAUUCCAUCUCCCAUAUCCACCCCCUCAUCUCCAAAUCAAAGCAGCAAAAUUUGCCAGACCAGGCUGCAAGAUCUCCCGCCGAGACCUCGCCAUCAGCGGCUCCACCCUACCCUUUCUCCUAGCCACCUACUUCUGGCCAUCCCAAGCACAGGCCAACAGCGAGGAAACAAGCACUAGCAUUAGCUCUCCAGAAGCUGAUUCUGUGAAAAAUGACUGCACCAACCAACCAACCACAAAGAGAGCAUUCUUGGAUGUCUCCAUCGAUGGAGAACCGGCGGGCCGGAUCAUCAUUGGGCUAUAUGGUGACAGCACACCAUUUGGAUCCUCCAGGUUUACUUCUCUGGUCACUGGUGCUGCUGGAAUUAGCUAUCGGAGAAAGGAGUUUGUCAAGAUCGUGCCCAAUUACAUCCAACAUGGCGGGAUCAGAUCUUAUGGUGUUGAUGCCGAGCUCGCAAAGAGGACUGGAAGCGAUCUAGCAGCAGACAGUUUGGUGUUGGAGUGGGAAGCAGCAAACAAGAAAUGCCCCGGAACAAAGAAUAUAGCUGGUUCGCUAGGAAUUGUGAUCAGGGAUCCUGCAAAACCGCCACCAAAGCUGAAAGUGGUGGCAAGAAAAGGGAAGCUGGAGAUUGAUGAGGAGGAGGUUGGAACAGAUCCGAAUGGGACCGAGUUCUUGAUAGCCACCAAAGAUUCACCGGAGCUAGAUGCAUCGACACUGGUGGUGGGGAAGGUGGUGGAGGGGAUGGAUGUAGUGGAGAGAAUUUCAAAGGUCAAGACUGUUCAAGAGAACACAGGUUCCCCUUACUUCAGGGUGGCAAAGUUGAUAGGUGAUAAAAGGGCAGUUGUCGCAGAGCGAGGCUUUUACCGCCCAUAUUCGAAGGUCAUCAUCACCAACUGUGGAUUGAUAGAUUAGAGCACUGGACUGUUUCCUUUGUCGCACUUUCCAUCCUCUCCUUUUUGCAGUAGGUGAGAGGAAGAAGAAUACAAAUUGCAGUAUUUUCAUUAUGUACACUUCAAGCAAGAGCAAUUUUACCCAGCAAGCCUGAGACCGGAUAGAAACCCAUCUAGCCAUGAUACUAUCAAAUCAAGAAUUCCGUUAGCACCUUUGAGUCUAGGCAAUAACAAUGAAUGAGCUCUGCCCGUUCUUGGAUCGGGAGAAAAAAAAAAAUCUUAGAAGAUGCACCCAGAUUGAAUUCCAACUUGCUGUGUGUGCAAUAGUAGAUUUGGUCUUUUUCAAUUUUUAUUGUGGGCUUGCAUUAUCUUUGGUACCCUGUGAAGCCUAUUAUGCUUGGUAUAUUUGCUUCUUCUUUGA